AUGCCCCUGGAGGAGGAGCAAGGAGGAUCACAUCCCCAGCAUCUCGAGCCCAGCGAGCUGGGGACAAAAGAAUACCAUGAUCGUGGGGCUGACUGUGGCAUCUGCAGCUGGGAAAGAUACUACGACAGCUCGCUCGCCCACUUUCUGUCCUCCAAGCGAGACGGACGGAGACGCCGGGACGAGCAGCAGAUAGACGGAGGGGACGAUGACGAUGGCCAGGGAGAGGACGACGACUCGGACAUCGGGACAUCGUGGUUCAGCGAGCACAAUGCGCCGCAGAAGGUGCUGGACUUUGUGACCUCAGAGAAGUUCCCGCUUGCGCCGGACUACUCGCAGGCCGGCCGGGAGUCUAGCAUACUCGACCUGGGGACGGGCAAUGGGAGCAUGCUGACUCUGCUGCGUGAAGAAGGGGGGUUUAGCGGUCCCAUGGUGGGCGUGGACUAUUCGGUCAAGAGCAUCGAGCUGGCCAGACAGCUGGCGGGUCAAGGCGACGACGGUCAAGGUCAAGGUCAAGGUCAAAGUCAAGGCAAAGGCUACGAGGGGAUACGGUUCGAGGUAUGGGACAUUCUAGACCCGAGACACGAAGCGGACAUACGCAGCGGUGUGUUUGGCAAGGAGGUGGACUGGUUCCCGUUCGAGCAAGGCGGGUUUGAUAUCGUGCUUGACAAGGGGACGUUCGAUGCCGUCUCGCUGUCUGCCGAGGGAGGGAGCAGGCGGAUAUGCGAGAAGUAUCCUGGCGUUGCACUCGGGCUGGUCAGGAAGGGAGGGUUCUUGAUCAUCACCAGCUGCAACUGGACAGAGAGUGAGCUGGUCUCAUGGUUCACUGCCAAAGACCACGGUGAUGGCGAUGGUGAUGGUCAUGGCUUCACGGUGUACGACCAGGUUGAAUAUCCCAAGUUCCGGUUUGGCGGCCGGGAGGGCCAGGGAGUAUGUACUAUAUGCUUCCAGAGGAAUAGAUGA